AUGGCUCUUAGAGUACGAGCCUGUAGUUGGCGUUGUGGAUUACAAUGGCAUCAUGGGGCCAUCUGGACCAAUGAGAGAAGAAAGAAAAUAUGUAACAAAACGGACAGUCCCCUUGUGAUACCAAAAGUAUGGUUUGAUGGUCUUUUCAAUGCAUUUCAUUACAAAUCUAUCGAGCAUCUCUCCCCUUACCGUUCGCAGUAUGAAAACAAAAGCUGGUGGUCACAGCAGAGGUAUAUGUUUUCUGCUGUGGAACUGAUAAUUCGAGGCCAAGCAUUGAUGUUUGUGCCUGUUAGUGCGGGAAAUCCAAAACAUCGCCCAUACCCAACCUCUUUAAAGAACGAAAACACAAACUGGGGAGAUUACAUCGAUACAGUUCGAGAGAAACCUCCUUUAAUUUACAGAAAUAGGACCUUAGUCGAAGAUUUUAGGCGGAAUCUUGAGGGUUAUGUUAUCAACACGACAACGUAUUGCAUGAAUGUAACACGUCAUCAACACAUUAAACCGUACGCUCAUUUUGAUUUUCAGACAGAGAUGUAG